AUGCCUGGGGAAGGUCAAGAGGAGGCCACUCGGCUAUAUGUUCCUCCGUUACUCGAAGAUGACGAUCGUCUCGUCGAUCCCGAAGCUUCCGAAGACCUACCACCACCCGAUGUUGAAGCAGGCACACUCCCCGUCUGGUUACGGGAGUCCUCCAAGUCAUUUCGUUGGGGAUGGGUGCCGCUACCACUGAGGAAGGUCGGUCGCGCCACCGCAAAUUGGGUCAAAGGCCCCGAUCCACCGCAUAUGCUACUUUUGAGGCCGCUGUUUCCCCGCGUCCAGGAACUGCCAGUCCAAUAUCUCGACCGUCUGCUGCCUAAGCGCAAAUACAAGACUUUUCUCUUACUGCUGCUUUAUGUCUCAUGGUUUUUACCUUGGUUCCUAAUUUUGUUGCAUUCGCGCUCUUCAGGCUACAUUGAAGGGUAUGGUCGACCUCAGACACUGUCGUGUUCCACGAACUUCUGGGAAUUUGAUAAUGGGUGUGGUAUCAAUGGAAAUGACUGUCGGCCAUUUUCAUCCUCGACCAUUCCUUUCCGGUGUCCUGCGAAUUGCCGCGAUACCAUAUUGCUGGAGCCCCAUACAGUGGGAAAUCAAACUUACAAUUACCAGGGCCUGGUUAUUGGAGGUCCUCAACCGGACUCUGACUCGGCUCUCUACCGAGCCGACAGUUUUGUUUGCCAGGCCGCGAUCCAUGUCGGUGCGAUUUCGAAUGACGGCGGUUGCGGCGUCGUCAAGCUCGAGGGCGCGGCGCAUUCUUUCCCGUCCGUCAAACAGCACGGCAUUCUGUCUGCAGCCUUCCCAUCCACAUUCCCCAAAGCUUUCAGCUUCCUUCAAUUGUCGUCACCGCAGGCCAGCUGUCCGCCGGAUCCACGCUGGACGCUCCUUGGAAUUACCGCCGCUGCUGUCGGCGUACUGUGGCUAUUUUGCACAUCGCCGCCUGUACUUUUCUUCAGCACGUUCUUUAUGGUGUUCUGUCAUACAGGCCUCGUUGGGGACCCGCCUUCCGAUCCUUUCUUGGCUGAGCUUGUCUCCAGUCUUCUGUCUCGACUACUGCCGGCAUCGUUCGUCGUCUACGUUCUGUACAAAUUUUGUGCGGCACCGCUGCUCCGACCUAUCAGCUCGCCAAUUUAUCAGCUCUCGAAGAUGUUCCUCUUCUUACCUCCGCUUUUUAUCGGAGCAUUGAACAACUACACCUUUGCACGCUUGAUUCCACUCAAGCGCCUGACUCCUAUGGACAUUCAGAAGCAACCCGGAGCAAAGUUGGCUCUGGCUCUUGUCAUACCGAUUGUGCUCUCCAUUAUCUUGAGCCAGGCGUGGCAGAUUCGCCAGGGAGGAUUGCUCCCCCGCUACCUGAAGAUUUACUGCACCAUGGGAGUAAUCAUUUUGAUCCUGCUUCCCCUUCCGGGCCUUCGCUUACGAAUCCACCAUUACAUCUUGGCCAUUCUACUCAUGCCGGGAACCGCGUUCCCCACCCGCCCGUCUCUCAUCUACCAAGGCUUGCUGCUGGGCCUCUUCAUAAACGGAGUUGCCCGGUGGGGAUUUGCCUCCAUUAUUGAGACACCCGCAGCCCUUGGAGAGCAAGUGCCUAAUGGAGAUGGGGUCAAUGGUUGGUGGGGCGCGACUUACCCCAAUGUCACGAGCUCUUCUGUCAACAUCUCCUUGCCAGAUUCAGAGAACACUUAUCGCGGCAAUGGCAACAUCACUUUUGCUCUAUGGGAACACGAGCGCAUGUCAAACCUAGCGGUAGAUGGAAUCUCUGUCCUUCUGAACGACGUUGAACGUUGGCGCGGUUAUCUCGAUGAGGACAAGAUGGGUGAAUUCACCUGGCAUCGCCAUGGCCAUGAUGGUUUAGAACUGCAAACCAACCCUCGUCUGGUUUCUCGUGGCAUGGAUGUCAGUGAGCCAUCGCAGGCAGUCCUGCUGGGCCACGAGAGCUCAGAUGCUGAGCCCGAUGAUCUGUUCUUCCGCUUUGCGUUUUUGAGAGGCGCCGAGGCUGGUACCUACGGUCCGACGGGUGUUUGGCUAAGUGAUGGCACUUGGUAUCCUCCUCGUCCCCCCAAGGCAUAG